AUGCGCCAUUUUCUGGGCCCACAGGUGCCCAUUGAACGCAGCUUCUUCCGCAUCCCGCGCAUUUCGGCGCGCAUCGCCGCUUUUUGGCCUCAAUCACCUAACGGCCCGCCGCGCACUUCUCUAACGGUAUUGCGUUUCUGCGUGAACGCAUUUGCGGUUGCUUUAGGCGCCUUCGGUGAGAAUUUCUACGGUUUCAUGUAUCUGGACGAUCUUUUUAGUGCAUUUGAGGCAUUCUGUCCAGGAGUUACCAAGGUCAUAUCGCUGUUGAAGAUGACCAUUUUUUUUGUACGCCAUAAGCGUUGGCAACGUGUGAUUCAUGGUAUGCGUGUGUUGUUGUUGCAGGGUAAGUACCAGCAGCGUUUUUGUGAAUUUUUGUAUGCUAAAGUAUUUCUACAAACAUUUGCAUUCCGCGGUUUUUGGCAGAAUGCCAUUGCGAAAUUUGUUGUUGUUUGCUGUGUAGCUUUCUUUAUUUUAUUUAUGUGUGGUGUAGUACAACGUUUUCUCGUUUGUUACUUCUUCUCGCAUCGCACACCCACACACACACGCACACACACAGAUACCAGCAUCGAGAAGCGUCGCAUCAUGGAGCCACUGGCCUCGUUUGCAUCGGUGUUGUCCUUUGUGCUACUCGCAGCUGGUUCGCUAACGAAUACGUUUUUCAAUGUUUCGCCGCUGGUGAAAAUGGUCUACUACAAAUGGCAAUGGCAGGAAACGCAGUUGCUGUUGCCCUUCAAAGUUGUUCUUAGUGAUGCUGGCAAGGGUAAUAAGUGCUGCCAGUUUAAAUCGCAGCAGCAGAAGCACGAUACUCCUGACUACGAAGAUGAUAUUGACAUCCAAAUAAAACGACAAACAGGACGUCAACCUGCAGGCAACAUUUUUUUUACUUACUCUUUCAAUAUUCCAUCCCUCUGUAUUAUUUGUUUUUGUUUUUUUUGUAAAUAUUUCAGUUUGCCGGAACUGCUUGUCAAUUUACCCUAUUACCCAGCCACCUACCUGAUGCUGACGCUCUCCGGCGCCAUGACGGUGUUCACCUUCAGUGCCGUGGAUGGAUUCUUCCUUUGCGCUUGUUUGUAUACGUGUGCAUUGUUUCGUAUGUUGCAAUUUGACAUACGCCAUACAUUCGCUGAAUUGCAAGAACUGGAGUACUCCACGUUGUUGCAAAAUGUGCGGAUACAACGUCGUUUGGCGGUGCUGGUUGAACGCCACAACAAAGUCAUCGAUCUGUGCAGCGAUUUCGCAUCGGAAUUUACACUCAUCGUGCUGAUGCAUUUUCUUUCAGCCGCACUAGUGUUGUGCUUUAGCAUUUUGGAUAUGAUGCUGAACUCCGCCUCCAUUGGCAUACUCACGUACAUCUUCUACAGCAUUGCCGCACUAACACAACUCUUUCUCUAUUGCAUUGGUGGAACUUAUGUUAGUGAAAGUAGCGUGGAAGUGGCUCAAGUUAUUUACGAUAUUGACUGGUACAAGUGUGAUUUACGCACGCGUCGUAUGCUCUUGAUAAUGUUACAACGUGCACAGAAAGCCAAAACGAUUGCAGUGCCAUUCUUUACACCAUCGUUGUCAGCUUUUCGAUCGAUCAUAAGUACAGCUGGUUCGUAUAUUACAUUACUAAAGACAUUCAUAUGAGUACGGCUAGUGUAUUUAUUUAUUUAAUAUGGCCAAAAGGAUAUAAGAUCUUUCUUGAGAAAAUG